CAGUUUUUGUUGACGGACAAUUUCUAAGCAUGGUUACAAGGAGAAUAUAAAUAAUGAAGCUGAAGGAACUGGAGAGUUGUUUGCAGCAGGUUGAUGUAUUUGAAAAUCCAAAAUUACUGCUGGAACAGUAUCCAACAAGACCACAUAUUGCAGCCUGUAUGCUCUAUACGAUCCACAACACAUUUGCAGACAUUGAAGAUAAAGUAGUUGCUGAUCUUGGCUGCGGUUGUGGUGUUUUGAGUAUUGGAGCUUCCAUGUUGGGAGCUGGGUUAAGUUUAGGUUUUGACAUAGAUGAAGACGCACUAGAAAUAUUUAAGACUAAUGCCGAAGAGUUUGAGCUUACAAAUAUUGACAUGAUUCAGUGCGACAUUUGUUCUUUACCAUCUAACGUCUUCACAAAAUCUGUCGAUACUGUAAUCAUGAAUCCUCCGUUUGGCACAAAGCAUAAUAAAGGGAUGGAUAUGACUUUUCUGAAGAUUGCACUUCAAAUGGCGAGAACUUCUGUAUACUCUCUACACAAAACGUCUACCAGAGCACAUAUUCAGAAGAAAGCAGCAGACUGGCAAGUGAAAAUGGAAGUGGUAGCUGAGCUCAGAUACGAUUUACCAGCCUCAUACAAGUUCCACAAAAAGAAAUCAGUUGACAUCGAAGUGGACUUCAUUAGAUUCUCUUUCAACUGAUAUCCAGGACCUGAAGACUUAAAAUAUACAUGUCCAUUGAUUUUUUUCUUUUUAAAAAGGAGCAUCAGUGUCAUUGUUAAAGCAUGAUACACAUGUUCCCAGUUCAGGCUUCUGUUUUUGCCUGUUUUGAUGCAGGCUCUUCAUCUGGCUUUUCCUCUAGUGCCCUCUUUUUGGGACUUCCAGGGGCUCCUGCACCAUUUUGUUCAUUCUUUGCAUCAUUUGUUUUUCCUGUCUCUUUCUGGGGGCUUCCAGAAUCUAAACAAAGAUGAAACAGAUAGCAAACUUGCAAAUGUUGUAAUAUAUGUAAAAAAAUAAUUAUACCACAUACACCACAAACCCACCUUCUUCAUCACUGCUUUCAAAUUUUUUCUUCUUUCCCUGGAACUGUAUUUUCUUUUUGGGUGAACUUUCAUUUCCUCUCCCUCUUCCUUUUCCUUUGAAUUUUCUACCUCCUAAAAUAAAGAUCAAAUUUUAAUGUAUUUUACACUGUAAAUUUUCAAAUAAAAAUUAAUGCUUUUGGAUUACAAAAUAAAGCCAGCUUUCUUUCAAAAUUAAGACAAA